UUAUCCUUUGUAUUUGUGUCUGUAAGAAGAAGGUCUACACAAUUUUUUUGAAACAUCUGCUUGGUCUUUAUUUGAGUGUUGAGAAAGAUGGGUGCCAUGGCUCUUAUAGAAAGCUUGAUGGAAGCAGCAACUGUUCGCCGGACCAAGAAGCUCAAGCAGUUUCAGACGGUAGAGUUGAGAGUUCGUAUGGACUGCGAGGGGUGCGAAAGAAAAGUGAGGAAGUCGCUUUCAAAUAUGAAAGGCGUUAGAUCGUUGGAAGUGGAUCGAAAGCAAUUCAAAGUAACGGUGACGGGGUACGUGGAGGCGAACAAGGUGUUAAAGAGGGUGAGGAGGAGGACUGGGAAAAAAGCAGAGAUGUGGCCAUACAAACCUUACAAUCUGGUUUACUAUCCAUAUGCUUCUCAGGUCUACGAUAAAAAAGCUCCUGCCGGUUAUGUAAGGAACGUGGACCCCACCUUCCCCAAUCCGCAGAGAACUGAUGAAAGAUAUACCUCUGUGUUCAGCGACGACAAUCCAAACGCUUGUUCAAUUAUGUAGACUUUGAUGGUCUGCUCUCUUCUGUUAAAUUAUUUACAGAAGAAGAAUUGUAUAGUAUGACUACACCAAUUCAAUUCAUUGUUUUCAAUUCAGGGGCUCUGUUCCUGCUCUGCCAUAACAGAGGAGGCAACUGCUAGUGUAGGAAUGAUGUAAGUACGCUGCACAGAUAUACAUUUUUUAAUUUUUUUCAAAUAAGUGGGAAGUGUAUAUUUUUUGCCAAAAAGCUAAGAAGCCGGCCAAGUAAAAUGGCAAGCGACUGGCAAGCUUUGGGUAGAGGGUCAGUUGAGUAGAUUCGCUAUUGUAUACGCAACAUGUGAAGUUGUGAACAAGAGAUUGUGUUACUUUUGGAAAGAUUGUGCGAUGAAUAAGACACGAUGUUUUCUUGUCGAA